AUACCAUACCUUAGGGUAUGUUCUGUGCUCUGGACUUUGAUGUACUGAAUAAAAUAAGCGAUUAUUAUAACCUAAUAUUUAUUAUUCUACUUUUGUCAACAAAAAUUUGUUGCUAAAUGGCUUGGUUGGUAUAAAUAAAACAUGACUAGUACUCCGGAACCAGGAAUAGUAGACAUUUUAUCUAAACUUGAUGAGGAUAAUCUAUUAUCAUUAGCAAAAACUGUUACUCAAGGUCUAUUAAAAAUAAACACCACAGAAGAGGCAAUAAAAGGCAUUUUAAAAUAUUCACCAGAUGCAAUAAGUAUUUUAAGAAGAAAGUCAAUCACCAGAGAAGUAUUAUUUUCAUACUUAGAUGACAGAAAUGUAAUGGUAAGACUACCUAUAACAAAAAAUGAACUCAUAGAUAAAAUUCUUGAAUAUUGGAAUGAAUCUGCAUCUGGGAUCAAUCCUGAAAAUAAAUCUAUUAGUUGUAGAAAUAAUGAAGACAGUUUGAGUAAUUCUAAAAAAAAUGAAAAUAGUAUCACUGCUCUUGCUGAACAAUUUGCUGGUUGGUUCUUUCAGCUUCUAAAUAAUAAUAAUGUUGGAGCUGAACAUUUCUAUGCAGAUGCAAAACUGAAAAUCAAUAUGUUAUCAAAUGAUGAUCAUAAUACAAUAAGUAUUGAGAACAACCCCGAAAAUAUAGCACAUGAAUUAUUAAAUGUUAGAAUGCAGCAUAAUCUUUAUUUUAAUCCAAAUAUUAGCAAAGAAGGUACCCAAGGAAGGAUGAAUCCGCAUGGGUUAGUGAUGGUUCUUGUGUGUGGUACACUUCAUGUCCAAGAAACAUGUGUAGGAGUAUUCGAACAAGUGUUUGCAUUGGCUAGGGACCCUUUCAGUGAUAAUAAUUGGAAGAUUAAAAGUACUGAAAUGAAUUUACGGAGUAAUAAUGCAGUUCAUAGACUACCACGUUUAUGUGAAAGUGAAUUAACCUCUAACUUAUUAACACUUCCUUCUAGUUAAUAAAUUUAAUUAAGUCAAAUAAAAUAUUUAUUUCUGUA